GGCAACGUCCCGGAGGGAGCCCCCCCAAACAGACCCUUCCCCGCUCUCCCUCCCCCCCCCCACCCCCAGCACCCAGGACUUGGCAACGUCCCCCGUCUCCUCCUGCCAGAGAACCAGACCGCCCCAGCCCUCCUGCCUCCCCGCCCCCUCCCAGCACCAGAAUCCGUGACAUCAUUAAACAGUACCAAAACCGCCCUGUCAACGAUCCAAAACCCUUGAAACCAAUCAGGGUUCCAGCACAGUUGUUUGUGAAGAAGAAGGAUCCUAAAGAGGAGGCCCUUUCUAUCCUCAGACAUACCGGACCUGUACAACAGCAGAAGAGACAGCCUCCCCCCGCACGGCAGCCCUCUCCUCCCUCCACCAGAGGGCCUCACUCCAUUUCCAACAACAUGAUGCAGAAACAGCGCUCCCUCGCCGACCUGUUCGGCACUCAGGGCCCCCCCGAGAACCGUCCGCCUGCUCCCCCCGGGUUCGCCCCUCCUCCUCCUGCCCUAGUCCAACACAUCUAUGAGAGCUUGCCAGACCCCCCCACCAAGGCUGCCCCCACACUCAAUCUGCUGUCUGGGGUGGAGAGUGUCCGCACCCAACUCCACAGGUUCUCUGCCAGCGUCUACUUCUCCUACUCGGCUAUGCCUGGCAAACUGUUCCUACGCAAAGAGGUGUUUUACCCCAGAGAGAAGUUCAACCACCCCUACAUCCUCAAUCUCCUCUGUGAGCAGAUCAUGAGAGACACGUACUGUGACACCUGUGUGAGGAUCUCCAGAGAGGAGAGGAGGAAAAUGAAGGACCUACUGACCAGUUUCCAUGUGGGUACAAGUGUCAGCUUGGUCCAGGAUGACACCAUGAAGAAGAGGAUAGUGAUGGCUGCCAGAGACAACUGGGAAAACUACUUCACAAGACUGUUCCCUGUCAAUGGUGAUACCAGCGGGGACACCCAGGUAUUGGGUGUGUCUCAUCGUGGGCUUCGUCUGCUGAAGGUGGCCAGAGCAUCAGGCAUCAACCCCAAACACCUGAUUUUGCUACGCAGCUACAGCUAUGCGGAGCUGCUGUCGGUGAAGCUGCGGUCUGCAGACAUGGUAGAGUUCAGUCUGAAAGAAGAACAGCUGCAGCUGCAGAGCAACAGAGCUGUUCAGAUCACUGCUAUGGUCAGGCUGUUCCACCAAGAGCUCGUCGAGGGCUCGGAUCAUGUGAUCGCCCUGAAGAGCUUUGAGACGGUCGACAAGAGCCUGCUCAACUUCCGCAAGGGUGACAUCAUCAAACUGCUGCCCAUAGAUGGCCUCAAACCAGGUUGGUGUUUCGGUUCCAUUGGGGGGCGCUCGGGUCUCUUCCCCACGGACAUCACUCAGCCGUCUGCCCCUCCUGACUACCACCAUGUCCACCUUGACCGCCGCGACGAGAGGAGGAAGAGCAUGAGAGCUCCAGCCCCCAGACCCACCUCCCACAACGGCUCAGCACAGCCCAGCCGAGAUGGCUCUGUCCUGGGGUCGGCUCGGUCGGUUCAGGGUAGUGAGAUGAAUGACGUACAGACGUUCCUGAUGACAGAGUUUGCCAUGAAAUACUUCAGAGAUGCUGCCACGAGCAUGGAGGGUAGAGGUUUUCUUGAUGGAGGUAGAAACUUCUCAGAGAUGGUUCAGUACACAGAGGUUCCCGUUCAGGAAUCUCUCAUCCUGUACGCUGAUCCUGAUCUUAAUAACCUGGCUGUCCAGGCCUUCAUGAGUGUGAUGCAGUUCAUGGGAGACCAGCCUCUGGGGAAUCACAAGUCUGAGGAAGACUGUGUCAGCCAUGUCAUGAUGCUGGGGAAGGAGAAGGAGUUCCUGAGAGACGAGAUCUACUGCCAGGUCAUCAAACAGACCACUAACAACACUCACAGGCAGAGCUGUACCCGAGGUUGGCGUUUAUUGAACCUGGUAACAGGGUUCUUCCCCUGUUCUGGCACUCUCUAUCCCUACGUCACACAACUCUUACAAAACAUCAGCCAAGACCCCUCACACCCUUACCAAGAGCUGUCUCAAUACUGUAAGGAGAACCUGUUCCGGUCUCUGAUCCAUGGAGGUCGCAGACACGUCCCCUCUCAAGUAGAGAUGGAAGCUAUACUGGCUGGCAGAAGCUCUCGCCGGUUCCCCAUCAAGCUGCCGGGUGGAGUAGACUUCCCCUGUAAGAUACGCAGCUUUAGCGUGGCUCUGGAGGUGGUGGAAGAGCUGUGUACAGAGAUGGGCAUCCAGGACCUGUCAGAAGUCAACGAGUUCUCUAUCCAUGCCAGCCGGGACCAGGAGGGGAUGGUGCGGCCAAUCCACCCUGAUGAGUAUCUGUUUGACUUCCUUUUGGAUGACGGCUCCAUCUUCCUGUCCUUCCACCGCGUCAUGUGGACACACCCCCUUCACUUCGACAAUGACCUGUACCUGGAGUUCCACUUCCAACAGGUCCUGGGUGAUUACCUGGAUGGCAAACUGCUGCUGCCAAGCGGUGGUGCCAAUACUGUACAGCAGAUGGCAGAGCUGGCUGUCCUGCAGCAUCUGGCACAGGGUCUUACUCAAGAGCCCUCUGUGCCUGAACUGAAGGAGUACCUCCCCCGACAGGAAAGGGGCAGCACCAACCUGGAGCAGAUCCACUCUAUCUCUCUCAGAGAGAGAACCACCAUGCUGUCCCUCAGCCCCCACGACGCUAAAGCACGCUUCCUCGAGUGCCUGAGCUCCCUACCUCUGUUCGGCUCUAAUAUCUUCCUGGCUCAGAAGGCCAGCCAUCGCAGUUGCCCCUCGCCCUGCCUGGUGGCUGUCAACCAACAGGAAGUGUUGUUCUGCCAUCCCAAAACACAGGAGCGGGCGUUUGUGAUCCCGUUGGUGGAAGUGCAGUCACUGAGCUUGGUCAAACCCAAGCAAGACAAGAAGGUGCCAGGAGUGGAGAUCAAAUACGGCAACCCAGGACGCCCAAAAAACAUCACCGUCCACCUCAAACAGGCUAAGGAGUUGUGCCACAUCGUUGCUGUCAUUAUGGAGAAGCUGGUACAACCACCCAUCAAUAGUUCUGUCUCUAGCCGCAACUAGUAGACGCACGCACACAGACACAAACACCUACCCACACACACACACAAACACCUACCCACACACACAC